CUCCUGAACUUUGCUGUGAGAGGGCAGCAGCAGUGAGCACUGUGAUUAACCUGAAUGACGCAUCAAGGACCAGUAUGUUAAGAUUUCAUCUCACUUUAAUGCUUGAUGGCGCUAAUAUACGACUCGCUGGUGGUAAUCACUCCUGCACUGGUAGAGUGGAAGUCUAUUAUAAUUACCAUUGGGGAACAGUGUGUGAUGAUGACUGGGACAUAAAUGAUGCGCAGGUUUCGCAAACAACUGUGCUUUGGUCUGUUCUUCAAACUUUAAGUAUUGUAUGCGCAGCAAAAAGGAUUUCUGCUUUUCAUGAACAAGAAAUGGCCAAAACAGAAACUCUGCCUCUUCAGAUGCAUGGGAAGAAAAAAAAUCAUCUAUCAUGAAGUCUUCAGCAGUGUUUGUAAUCAACACCCAACUGACCCACGCCUCAAGGACCAGGAUGCUGAGGCGUUGUCUCACUUUAAUUCUUGUCAGUGUUCUUGGAGCUUCUCUGCUGGUUGAUGGCGCUAAUAUACGACUCGCUGGUGGCAGUCACUCCUGCGCUGGUAGAGUGGAAGUCUAUCAUAAUAACCAGUGGGGAACAGUGUGUGAUGAUGACUGGGACAUAAAUGAUGCGCAGGUGGUGUGUAGACAGCUUGGAUGUGGUAAUGCUGUCAGCGCUCAUCAAAGUGCCCACUUUGGUCAGGGAAGUGGUCCAAUAUGGCUGGAUGAUGUUCAGUGUUCUGGAAGUGAAAGCACCAUCACCCAGUGCACUCAUAGAGGAUUUGGUAUACACAACUGCGGCCAUGGUGAAGAUGCUGGUGUUACUUGCUCAGAGCGUAAUCAGGUCAGACUGGUGAAUGGUCCGAGUAACUGUUGUGGUCGAGUGGAGAUCCAGCACAAUGGCCGUUGGGGAACAGUGUGUGAUGAUGACUGGGACUUAAAGGAUGCUGAGGUGGUGUGUAGACAGCUUGGAUGUGGUAAAGCUGUCAGUGCUCCUCCUAAUGCCCACUUUGGUCAGGGAAGUGAACCAACCUGGCUGGAUGAUGUUCAGUGUAAUGGAACUGAGAGCUACAUAAAUCACUGCUCACACAGAGGAUUUGGAGUAGAGAACUGUGGACAUGAAGAAGAUGCUGGAGUCGUGUGCUCAAACUUGCAGAUUCCCACAUUGACUCGGAUCUCCCCAAACUCUGCGGUUUCACCUGGAGAAGUCCUUCAGCUCAGAUGUUCCACACCCAGCCCAACAUGCAUCUCUGUAGACUUCAGUUUGUAUAAAACUGGGACAUCAGUAAAGAAGCAAACUGCAGUGACUACAACAACAUUUACUCUGACUGUAGAUGGCUCACAUCAGGGCCAGUACACCUGUGACUACUCAUACAGGGAAAUUGCCUCAACAUCACCCAGGAGCAACUCCAUCAGCAUCACCGUGGUCCCUAACAAGAUCAGACUGGUGAAUGGUCCGAGUAACUGUUGUGGUCGAGUGGAGAUCCAGCACAAAGCCCAGUGGGGAACAGUGUGUGAUGAUCAUUGGGACUUAAAGGAUGCAGAGGUGGUGUGUAGACAGCUUGGAUGUGGUAAAGCAGUCAGUGCUCCUCCUAAUGCUCGCUUUGGUCAGGGAAGUGAACCAACCUGGCUGGAUGAUGUUCAGUGUAAUGGAACUGAGAGAUACAUAGAUCACUGCUCACACAGAGGAUAUGGAGUAGAGAACUGUGGACAUGGAGAAGAUGCUGGAGUCGUGUGCUCAAACUUGCAGACUCCCACAUUGACUCGGAUCUCCCCAAACUCUGUGGUCUCACCUGGAGAAGUCCUUCAGUUCAGAUGUACCACACCCAGCCCAUCAUGCAUCUCUGUAGACUUCAGUUUGUAUAAAACUGACACAUCAAUAACGAAGCAAACUGCAGAAUCUACAACAACAUUUAAUCUGACUGUAGAUGCCUCACAUCAGGGCCAGUAUACCUGUGACUACUCAUACAGGGAAAGUGCCUCCACAUCAUCCAGGAGCAACUCCAUCAGCAUCACCGUGGUAAACCUGCAGCAGCCCAAUAUCUUCUUCAGUGCUGCUGGUGGACCAGAAGUGACAAGGGGCUACGGCUUCUCCAUCAUGUGCUCCACUGAACCUCAGUAUCCAGGAGGUUCCUUCCACUUGAAGUUCAGUGGAUCCAACAUCACAAGAACUCAGUCGGCUGUUAACCACUCAGCCUUCUUCCUAUUUCCUGAGGCAGAUUUUGUCCAUCAGGGAAACUACAGUUGUGCUUAUGAAGUUAACGUGUCUUCACGCACCUUUAUCUCCACUACCACUGAGCUGCUGGAAAUUACUGUGAAAGCAUCUCUGGCUCUAUACAUUGGUGUUGGAGUGACAGCUGGACUGCUUCUCUUCUUAGUUCCAGUCAUCAUUUGCUUUGUGAAGACACAGAAAAGACGGAAAUGUCAGAUGGAUAAGACGAAGGAUUCACAGCGUGCCAAAAACACAUAUGAGAGUCCCCAAGGAGAGAUUGAGACAGAUGACGAAGCUGAUUAUGAAAACGCAGAAACCAUUUUCCACCAGAAGGAGGACUCAGAGGACUCGGAUAAUGAUUACAUUAAUGUUGAUGCUGAUGAACAAAGAAGUGAUGUGGACAAUGACUAUGAAGAUGUAGAUAUUUAUGCAAACUAUGUAGCAUAGAAUGAAAAAAAACAAUUAACAAAUAUCCACAGUGCACAAACAAUAACAUGGUUAAAUUGGAUAAUUUUCCAUUGUUAAGAUAUAACCACUGUUAAUUAGAGAUGGUUUAAUUAACAUGGACUUCAGAGUCAGUUUGUUAUUUACUCAUUAGUCUUUUCAGAUGUAAAUAUAUUAAAAUUUUUAUUUUUAUUUUUUAUAAUUUUAAUAUUAAACAUUGAAAUGCAUCAAGAUUAAAAUAAUCAGUCAGUGUUUUCAAGAAACUGAUGACAAUUAGAAUGUGAAAUUAGAAAACUAAUAUAUAUAUAUAUAUAUAUUAUAUUUCCAAUGAGGCUAUUCACAUGAAAUUUUCACCAGAUUUUGGUAUUAACUUAAGAAAUUCAAACAUUAAAGUCCAUAAAUGAAGUUAUGUGUAAUAAAGAGGAAUGACACAGGGAAAAAAGUAUUGAACACGCUAACUGAAAUGUAUUUAAUACUUAGUGGAGAAGCCUUUGUUUUUAAUGACAGCUUCAAGAUGCUUCCUGUAUGAAGAAAUUAAUGGGCCUCAGUAUUCAGGUGUGAUUUUGGCCCGUUCUUCUAAACAUAUUGUCUUUAAAUCUUAUUCAAUUGGAUUCGAGUCAGGUGAUUGACUGGGCCAUUCUUUUCUUAACAUGUUCAAUACUUUUUUCCUGUGUCAUUCAUCUUUAUUACACAUAACUUUAUGUAUGGACUUUAAUGUUUUGAAUUCUUUAUAUUUCCAGAUUUCUUGAAUAAUACUGAUGUCUGGUGAAAAUUUCAUGUGAAUAACCUCACUGGAAAUAUAUUUACUGAAAAGAAUUAUUUCCCCCACCACUGUGUGUGUGUAUAUACACUAUAUAUAUAUAUAUAUAUAUAUAUAUAUAUAUAUAUGCAGUUUUAUAUAUUAAAAAAACAGGCAUGCAAAGUCUGUUGAGGUAUUGUUUAGUCCAUUUAGAUAGAAAAUGUAAUUUAAAAUUCAAUUUAGAUUAAUUAGAAUUUUAAUUCAUUAAACAAAUUUUGUAUAAUCUAGAAAUUAUUUUUAAUUGCACGGUUUCGUUUAUGAUUUUGUCAUUUUUUAUAUAUUGUUAAUUAAGCCUAUUUAAUCAGUUUAUUUUUAUAUAAUCUCUUAUCUUUCUGCUAAAUUUAAUCAGUCUUAUGAAUAGCACUUUGCUAUUGACUGCUAACGCUUAGCAUUUUGCUCACCAAUUGAACUCUGCUGUAUUAUUUUCUAUUGAUAUUUGCUACACAACGUAAAUAAAAUUGUACACACCUUUGUUAAUAUUGCAUUUUUAUGAUGUAAAAAAAUUAAACCCACAUAGAUCACAUCAGACCUCUUUUCAUUGUAAAUGUGACACAGCAACCGACAUAAUUUAAGUGGAAAACAGAUACUAAUGUUUUAAUACUAAAAAUAAUAAAACAUACAAUGACCUGGUUGUGAAAGUGUGCACACCCUUUUAUAAUUGGGUAUGUGACUGUGCUCAGAAUUAACCAAUCACAUUCACACUCAUGUUCAAAAGUAACUAUCACACACCUUCCAUCAAUGGAUUGAUUCUGAUUAACCCCAAAUAAAGUUCAGCUGUUUUAUACAA